CAUCGUUACCAUUAUAAAAUGUAUCAUCAAGUUGUUGCACACUGCCAACUUCAUCGUCUGUUCGUCAUCGUCGUUUCGUUUUGGAGCAACCACUGGACUGAAAACCAAAAUUAGCUUUCGUACUUCGUGCACUUCCACAUCUGAAAACAAUGAAGACCUUCAUUGUCAGCGUGAUUGUGGUGUCAGUGUUGUUCACUUAUGGCGCUGAUGGACAAUGCUACAACUGUACAUUUAUCAACAUGGGUGAGAUGAAGGAAGGAGAAGAAGGUUGUGGGAAUCCGUUCGACAGCUGGGGGAUCAAGACUAUACCGUGUGCAGGGCCUUGCAAAACAAUCUAUUUAGAAACUGAGGGCAACGAAGACUGGAAACCAGGAUCAGCAACAUUUCGAACUUGUCACAACGAAGUUCUUGAAGGUGUAGGCUGUACGGACAUGACGGACUUCGAAGUUUCUGGUAUGACACUCAGUCAAACAUGCUGCAGUGGAGCACUGUGUAACGAUAACGAGUUUGGCGGUGGUGGUGAGUCAAGUACGAUUGAAUGGAGUAGUAACUGGGUUAGUGAAGGGCCAGGGGAUGACCAGAUUGGGGUUAUGAUGUCGAUACAAAUGAAAGUGAAAUGCCAACUCGCCGGUUACUCUGACCCACUCCAAUGCACUUUUGCGUCUGAUUAAAUGCAGCAUUACCCUCGUAAUCUUCGGGCCAAUGUGCGUUGGGGUUUUAAAUUAGGUGAGCUCUCUUAGGCAUUUUACAUACGUCAUAAUGUUACAGUUUCGUCUUUGGUCUUUAAAAAGACCCAGAGUCAAUUUUAUAACGCACGAUGGAGCUUCAUACAGAGAUGGGCUGAAUUUACAAUGCUUCAUUUUUCAUAGCAAAGACAGAUCUGGGCCUAUGUGGAGUAGAUCAUCGCUAAAUACAUGAACUUGUGUGCAUGAAGUUGCGCUCUGUGUCUCAUGCUAAUUAGACUGGCCUGAAGUUUUACGUUUUUUUUCUUUCGUUUUAAAUUCUUAAUUAGCGAUUUAAAAAGCAAUGCAUGUUAGAUUUAGAUACAGAUAUGCAGUAUGGUUUAUUGGUACAUUUCAAUAGAUUGUAUAAAUCUGCCCGAUGGACCAGGAUUACCAAACAAAAUGAAACAUCAAAAUGUCUCUUUAAAUCAAAAUCAAACAGGUGGGAAGAACAGCCGCGUAUCUCCAUUUACUUCUGAAAAACUAAAAAUGUGGGUGGACAUUUCGGCGCUCUUACAAUAUGGAUAUGUAGUAACAUUAGAUAAUUCUGAAAUUUACUUAAAGUUAAAUGUAAUUAUAAACUAACGUUUCUGGUCUUGAGUUAGUUUGAUAUAUUUAUGAAGGGGAUCUUUGGUCUUUUUCGGAUGUUAUAGUUUACAUGUCUACUUCGGGAACAAAUCUAUUCGAACGCAGAAUUGUUUAUCAACAGCGUCUUCCCUUCUUUUAUUCUUUGGAAAUGAAGAGACUGGGUAAUGUUCAUACUUGUUUACUUAUUAUUUUGAACAUAAUGUGACAAAAAACUGGACUGAAAUAAGUUUCCAAGGCCAGCCUCACCAGUUGAUGGGAAAAUAUCAAUAUUUAACAACCUAGACUCUUCUUGCAAAGUUGUUUGGUAACAGGUGAAAGUCUUAAUUGUAAAAAACUGUUUUAUCCAGCCGUUACUCGGCAACGUCAGUGGGUACCCAGGGCCCGAACAGGGCGCUAGGAAGGGUUGAUGGCAUUUGCACUGUGAUCGGCUGCACUGUAAACGACCUCCGACCGGGAGGUUAUCACUUCCUGUUAGCGAAGGUUUAUUAUAAGUUGUUCUCUGAAUAACCAUUUCGAUUUGCAUAAUUGUUAAUGCCUACUCUACAAAUAUCAUAUUAUGAACGUUUUCCCAAUUAAUUUACAUUCGAUAAAUCAAUUUACUUAUUAAAAAUUGUAAGUGAACCUUGUAUGAAUAGUGUGCCUAAAUAAAAAAAUGAAAAUGCA